AUGGGUAUUCGGGUUGUAGUAAAGGAUCAUUGGGGUGAAGUACAAGUAGUAUUAGCUGCCUCUAGAAGUGCUAUCCAAUCUGCUGCCGUAGCAGAAUGCUGGGCUCUACUCAGAGCUGUAACUCUCUGCAAUGACCUUGGUUUGAGGUGUGUUCAAUUUGAGGGAGAUGCAAAACUAGUUGUGGAUGCUGUCAACAAGAACUCACCUGAUUAUUCGUGGAAUGGUCAACUCAUUGAGGAUAUAAAAAGUACUUUGUUGUCUCACCAACAUUGGACCAUCCAGCAUGUGACUAGAACUGGAAACAAAGCAGUGGAUGCUGCUGCUAAGCUAGGAUUAUUGUUAAGCUUUGAACAUAUUUGGAUGGAAGAGGAACCAUUUGAGGCAUUCCCACUCUUUUGA